ACCAGCCUGUACUGCCAGAAAAGUCCGAAGUCCACGGAAAACCGUGUGCGGUCUUCUCUGUCUUAAAAACCACGGGUGUGCUUGAAUCUGUUUUCUUCUGUGCGUAGGUCUGACAACCAAGCUAUGGACUCACUGUGGAAGGAAGGACCAAGCUUUACUUUCAGCGAAGACAGGCGGACUGUGAGUUUUGACUACAGCUUUAACCGAUGGGACUUCGAAAUAGGAGGCCAGAUACCUGUCUGGACCCUAUGUGACCGGGCGGACUGGCUGUCCUUUCUCGCCGUCGCCGCUCUAGACGCCAAUCUAGCGCGUCCCGAUAUGAGAGUGUUUACUCGCUGUCAGGUCUGGGAAAUCAGCCCGUCUUUCUACAGCGUCGUCAGGCCUGGCAGGCCUCUUAAAGUCUCCUCAAGAGUGGUCUACGUGGGGAAUACGUCCUUCGUUAAGAAAGGCGAAAUCGUUGACCGUUCCACAAAUGAGAUCUUGGUUAAGGGGAUGGUACAAGAUGUUCUCAUCAGCAUGGACACACGAAGGCCAACACCGUUUCCUGAUUGGCUGAAGGAAAACUACCUGCACCUGACAUCAGAGCCGCGUCCGGAAAUGGCGGAGGUUUUCGAAAAGCCGCCCGCCGCCAAGACUUUUGUUUACAGUGUCACAGUGCCGCCUAGCGACAUUGACCUGAACAACCACACCAACCAGAGGCACUACAUUCGGUACUGCUUUGACUGUGCUGUUGUGGGGGCGAGACAGGGGGCGUAUCCCACUGUCAGGGGGGACGUUUUAAAACAGGGGGUGCGGAAAGUCUCGGUGCUGUACCAGAAGGAAUCGCUAGAGGGCGAUGUUUUGAGUGUAGACUCCUGGGAAGAGAGUCCGGGUACUUUGAGGUUUCAGGUCAGGAAGGUGUAUGAGAAUCUGGUACAGGUGACGCUACAGUUUCAUGAAACUAAUAAGUCAAAACUGUAGACGUAGAUGUUGGUCUAUCGUAUCCCCAGACUCGAUAACAAGAGGUGCCCUAACAUGGUAACCAACAGGAAAAAGAAAUAGAGGGUGUCCAAAAAAACGUGGAUGGGAACAAUACAGGGGGACCUGAAAGAGAAGGGACUGACUCUGGACACAGCCCCGGACGCAGCUACAAAUAGGGCCAGAUGGAAAUCCUUCCUGUCGCCUCAAGAACCACUAGAUUCAGAAGAGGAUUGAGUGAGUACCAUCGAUGAACUAGAGAAACUCACGUUGGCACAAAACUCGACAAAAUGAUUUUCCAUCAGUAAACUACAAAAACAUCUUCAAUCACCACUGAGCAGGACUUCGAAUUCCUUUAAUUAGCCAGAACAGGCGCCGAGAAAGAACGUAACAAUUAACCCAACAAACUACUCAGAACAAAUAAAUCUCCUCCAGAUCUCCACUAAGCAAGUCUUCCAUCACUUGACACGAUAAAUACGUUACCCAUUAAGUUCUAAACGUCGCCACUUAACAAGUCUUCCAUCCAUCAAUUAGCCACAGCAAGUGAAGACCUAGAAAGUAGACACUAAUUAACCUGAAAAAUUACUCAGAAAACAUCAAUCUCUAAAACGUUGCAUGAGAGUUCAUCUGUGUUGUUGGUUCAAGUCAUUAUGAAAUGAGGACUAGACUUUAUCUGCCAACACUGCAAUGAAUUGGGACUUACCCAAAUUUGGCCUGAUUCCAACAACCUCUAAGAACGUUGAAGAA